CGGCCGUUUGAUGGCGAGAAUAUGCAGGAGGUGAUGCAGAAGGCGCUAGCCGGGAGGUACGAUCCGCUGCCACCGACGAUUAGCCCCGAGAUGACGGAGGUUGUGACGUCGCUUCUCUGCGGGGAUCCGCAUGCCCGUCCCUCGAGCAGCAAACUGCUCAACAUGCCCAUCUGCAAGUUGUUUGUUUCUGGCCUGCUCGAGAUUGUGCAGACGCAGCCCUCCUUUGCGGGCCCGCUACGUGACACGAUAUCCACGCACAUUCAGAGCGUGAAGCAGUCACUGAAGGAGGAGCGGCGUGUGACUGUGAGGCAAAUGGAGGAGUCUCAGUCGGCUGCGGCCGCGUCCACGACGAUCCUGGAGGGGGCGACCCCCAUGGGGAGCGUGGGGGACCUUACGCUGUAUGAAGGCAUUGUGAAGAAGCAGAGCGGUGAUCUCGCGUGGAAGCGCCGGUAUUUGUGCAUCCGCGGGGCACUCGAGGAGGGCGAGCGGCUGGAUGUGGGCAGGAUGCCGAAAUUCAAGAGUCUGGACCUUGUGUUGGCCGUAUCGAAGGAGACAAUGCGGCAGCAGUGCAUCACGACGCCAUUCUCUGAGUUGGAGGACGUGUUCCCUGUUGCAAGCAAGUACACAGGGUCGAAUGCGCAGCAUGUGUUUGCCGUGGCCUUCAAAACGGGAAGGCGCCUUCUUUUUCAGGCACGCGGUGAUCCCGAGCGAGAUGCGUGGAUGCAAAAGAUUCAGCAGACUCUUGGUAUUGAUGAGGCUGACUAA